AGGCAAUAUGUUUCCAUCUGUUUCCUCUCUUUUUUUUUUCUCCUCCUUUUUCCAUAAGACCCCACACGAUUGUUCUUAAAGAAAUUAGUAGCAUCCUUCAAGAGCCUAAAUCCUUGUUAUAAACAAUUCCAUACCAUUUUCAUCCACGAGACAUCUUCAUAAUCCUCCUUUUCAAACCUUAAACACUUACCAAUUCUUCCUUACCUUUACUUUCCACCCACUUGAAAAGCAAUGACUGAUGCAAUUCUCUCCGGCGUGGCUGUGGAAAUCAUUAAUAAGCUGGCUUCUCAAGCUCGUCAAGAGACUAGGCUGUGGCGGGAUGUCAAUGAGGAGCUUGAGAAACUCAGGAUGAUAGUCUCAACAGUCCAAGCUGUGCUUGUUCAUGCAGAGGAGCAGUAUUCACAGAGUCCACAAGUCAAAGUUUGGGUUGAUUUACUAAAAGAAGCAUUUUACGAUGCUGAUGACUUAUUAGAUGAGUUCUCCACCGAUGUUUUACUGAAGCAGAUGAUGACUGGCAACAAAAUGGUGAAGGAGGUAUGCUUGUUCUUUUCAAGCUCAAACUCAUUUGCUCAUGGUCUUAAAAUGGCUCAUAAGAUUCAGAAAGUUAGAAGUAAAUUAGAUGAGAUUGCUGAAAAUAAGAAGUUUCACUUAGAUAAGCUCCCUGAGAAGACAUUUCCUAUGAUUGGGGAAAGAGAGCAAACUCACUCAUCUUUACCUCAAUUAGUUGUUGGUAGAGAAGAUGAUAAGAAGAAAAUCAUUGAUUUUCUUCUGUCCUCUAGUCAUGGGGAGAAUGUGUCAAUCAUUUCCAUUGUGGGUAUUGGAGGCUUAGGAAAGACAACACUUGCUCAAUUUGCAUAUAAUGAUGAGACGGUGAAAUCAAAUUUUGAGCUCAAACUUUGGGUGUGCAUUUCUGAAAAUUUUGAUGUAAAAAUAAUUGUUGAAAAGAUUUUGGAGUCUCUUGAUGGUGAGAAGCCUAAAAAUCUUGAAAUGAAUACCUUGAAAGAUCUUCUUCAUGAGAAGAUUAAUGGAAAAAAAUAUUUACUUGUUUUGGAUGAUUUGUGGAAUGAGGAUUCCGAAAAAUGGUUUCACUUGAAAGAUUUGUUAGUUGGAGGCAGAAGAGGAAGCAAAAUAAUAGUGACUACACGUCUUAAAAAUGUUGCAGAAAUGAUAGGAUCAACAAAAACACAUGAUUUACAAGGCCUACUUAUUGAUGAUUCUUGGUCUUUAUUUGCAAAUAUGGCCUUUAAACAAGGGGAAGUUAUUAGCCUAGACCAUGAGAGAAUUGGAAAAGAAAUUGUGGCAAAGUGUGUUGGAGUCCCUUUAGCCAUAAGAGUGAUAGGUCGUUUAUUGUAUUCUAAAAAUACAAUAGAUGAGUGGCAAAACUUUAAAGAAAAAGAGCUUCUAAAUAUGAAUGAAGGGGGAAAUAGUAUUAUGCAAACUCUCAGAUUGAGUUAUAAUUAUCUACCUUCUCAUUUAAGGUGUUGCUUUGCUUAUUGUAGAUUAUAUCCAAAAGAUUAUAAAAUUAACAUUUCGUAUCUGGUGAGCCUUUGGAUGGCACAAGGAUUCAUUAAAUCAUCAAAUUCAGAACAAAGUAUUCAAGAUAUAGGUUUAAAAUAUUUUAAGGAUCUUUCAUGGAGGUGCUUCUUUCAAGAAGUAGAAAAGGAUAAGUUGGGUAAUUUAUGGAGUUGUAAAAUGCAUGAUUUAAUGCAUGAUCUUGCCGCACAAGUAGCAGGGGAUGAAAUCAUUUUAUUAAGUUCAGAUGCAAAGUGUGUUGAAAAAAAAACUCGACAUUUUUCUAUUGAUUUUGAUGUUGAGUCAUGGCAAAAUGUUGCAAGUUGCUUACCUAAUGUGUCAAAGGUGAGAACAUUUACAUCAUUUAAUUGGUCAAAAAAGCAUGACAUUAAAGAAGUAGAAUGUGGUGAAAUUUUUUCCAAAUUAAGCCGUGUAAGGGUAUUAAAUUUGCGUGGUUUGGGAAUUAAGAAAGUGCCACGUUCCAUUGAUAAAUUGAAGCACGUAAGGUUUCUCGAUCUUUCUGAUAACGAAUGCAUUGAAAUCCUUCCUGAUUCCAUUAUUAAACUCCAAAACCUGCAAAUUUUGUACCUAACCAACUGUGAAAGGCUUAAACAGUUGCCUAAGCACAUUAAAAAGUUGGUCAAUCUCCAGAACCUUUACCUUCAGGGAUGUGUUAGUUUGACUCAUAUGCCACUUGGGAUUGGUGAACUAACUUCCCUUAAGAAUUUAUCAGCAUUCAUGGUGACCAAAGACAACAGUGUCUCCAGACAUAGCGGUGGACUUGGUGAAUUACGUGACUUGAACAAUCUGGGAGGAAAUCUAGAAAUCAUGAAUCUACAGUAUGUGAAAAAUGCAACAUCCGAAUUUAAGGCAGCCAAUUUGAAAGAGAAGCAACACCUUCAAACCUUGAGAUUAUCAUGGAAAUUGGGCGAUCCCUAUGAUAAUAAUAGUGAUAGUGGUCCAGAUGAUGUUGAAAAUGAUGAAGAAAUGUCAUUAGAAGAGCUGCGGCCACACCUUAAUCUAAAAUGGUUGAUUGUGUUUGGGUGCGGAAGACUCUUGUUUCCAAGCUGGAUUUCUUCCCUUACUAAUUUGGUGGAACUUCGAAUUGAUAACUGUAAAAAAUGCCAGCAUUUUCCACCGUUGGAUCAGUUCCCUUCACUUGAAUGUUUGACGAUUGAGGAUUUGACUGAUCUGGAGUUCAUAGAGAGUGGGAUUAAUUGCGACAAUGCAUUAUUCUUCCCUUCCUUAGACAAACUCUGGCUAGAAAAUUGCCCAAAUCUGAAGGGAUGGAGGAGAGAUACAUCCACGCCUCAGUUGCUUCAAUUUCACCGUCUUUUUUAUUUGGAAAUCAGGUCUUGCCCUAAACUCACUUCAUUGCCUCUCAUUCCAUCUGUCCAACAUUUGGGAUUGAUAAAUGCCAGCAAGAAGUCAUUGGAGGACAUACUGAAGAUGAAGAUUUCGGUGUCACAAUCUAUCUCUUCUUGUACUUCGAUUUCCCCCUCUCAAUUGACAAUUCUGCAUAUCGAGGGAAUUGAGGAUCUAGAAGUUCUGCCGGAGGAUUUGUGGCAUCUACCCUCCCUUGAGGGUCUUGUCGUCAAGGCUUGUGAGGAGCUCGAUUUAUCUGAUGAUAUGCAGUGGCAGUACCUUAGAAGCCUCCGGGAGUUUCAAUUGAUAAAUUUGAACAAAUUGGCGUCCCUCCCAAAGGGACUUCAGCAUGUUCCCACUCUACGCAAACUCUCAAUUGAAAGUUGUCCUAAUUUGAAAUCUUUACCAGAGUGGAUGGAAAGCCUCACCGCAAUAGAAGCUCUCUGGAUUGAAGAAUGUCCUCAACUGUCAGAAAGAUGCAAAAACAUUUUGGGUGCUGAUUGGCCCAAGAUUGCUCACAUCCCAAGUAUUAGUAUUGACAAUGCAUGGAUUCAACUGGAUGGCUGCUAAAACAAUGAUCAGAAGAAUGAGAGAUACCUUGCAAUAUUCUCCCUUAAAUCUCAAAGCAGUUGUUAAUAGAUGCUGAACAAUUGAUGCUUUAGGAUGGGAAUUCAUUGAGUAGCUUCAUAAAUGAAAUUUCGAUGAAGGGCAUUGUCAUUUAUCAACUUCAUCUACGAGUUUGUACUACUCUGCACAUUCCUUUUUUUUAACUGGAGUUGCCACUGUGAAGAAGUCCCAUAAUCCCUUGCAGUUUUAGCUUCUACACUUUGCAAGAGAAUUGGUUUUUCUAAACAUAAACUGGCAAGCUGGAGACGCCCAAACUCACCUCAAAGCAGUUGUCGUAGACCUUGAUGUUGACAAUUGCUUGUAAACUGGAGGAUGGGAAUCAUUGUGAUGAAGGUCAUUGUCAUCCAUGAACUUUUCUUCACCUCUUUCCUUUUGUAAAUUAAAUCAACGACAUAUUUGUACUGCUAAAUGCAGAGGUGGAAAAAUCAUUAGUUCUGAAAGCAAAAUGACAUUCAACAGCAUUUUUUUGUCAAUCUAAUUCACACGUUUCAUCAAAUUGUGUGGUAAGCAGUGCUGGGUUUUUUACCCAAGAUUCGUUUUUUGUUAUGAACUCUUUCCCUGAUAUUUAAUUUGGUUUUUCAGGAAAAAAAAUGACUAUCUCGAUUUUCUUCCAAAAAAUUGUAAAGAAUUUGCCCCAAAUUUAAACCUUAUAUUGUGAAAAGAAAUAUGGAAGGUACUCAAUGCAAGAAGCUUGAUCUAUUUUUCCUUAAAUGUUAUAAUCAUGCAAAAAUACAUGGUGCUCAUCUCAUUUCUUUUGUCCAAAUAUGUUAAUUUGAAAACAUUGAAUGAGCAUGGGGACAUCCCAUCUGGUGGACUGAUUUGCUUUUCCAAUAGGCACAUAAACAAUAUGACCAUUGCUCAGGAGUUUUACAAAAGCCUUUUAGAUGGGAAAAGACAUCUUUUGGAUUCAUAUGAGAUCUGGGUUUCAAUUAUUCAGUUUAUUGUUACACUAAUUUUAUGCUUGUGUCUGUGUGUUUAUGUGAUUUAUAAACAUUUUCAUAUGAAAUAAGGUUAUUGUGUUUUUCUUUGUGCGUAGUGAAAGAGAAGCACAUGCACAUCCAUAAUCCAUCGAUCACAGCAAUUCUUGCAUUUUCAAAUAGUUGUAAUUACUCUUUCUCUUGCGAGUCAAGUACAUUCUGUUCUCUUCUUUAAAUUUUGUAUGUUACCACACCACUUCUUUAAAUCGUUAUAGUCUUGAAAUCACAUUGAACAUAUUAAAAAUGAUUCCUAGUUUUCUUUGUAAACUGACAAGAUUUUUUUUUUUUUUUUUUCAUUAAGGGUCAAUUGUUCACUAUUCCCAAUGACUUUACAUCAUUGGUUCUCUCCUGGUUUAUAUCGUUUAUGCAUUGGACAUUCUGUGUGAAUAAUGGCAUGGAUCAUUCACCCAUAAUUGAAAGUUGCAUUAGUAUGCGCCUUGGAGGAGUUAUUACCUCCUCUAGCACAGAGUUGAUCAGAUGGAGUUUUCUUAUAGGUAUGGAGUAUUUGGACACAUGUUUUCGAUCCUUUGCUCUUCUAUAAAAUUGGGAAAUGCCUAGUGAAUAAUUACUUCAAAUGUGUGUCCUUGUCUCCAGGCCUGAUGCAAACAUUUGGUUCAAGUACAUUUAAGGAUCAUAAUCAUGAAAGAGCUGCUCAAUUGCUUGCACAACCGUAUUAAUGGAAUAUCUGGAGCAUACGUGCAAUUUAGUAUCUGGCAAGAAAUGGCGAUUUGAUUGCAAAUUUAUAUCUUCUCUUCACCCUUAAUAAAAUUAUGCUUAUUAGAGAAAAAAAAAAAAAUUAAACACCACAGAAAAGGCUUGUUGGUGGCAAGCAGUUUCAUGCUUGAAAGCAUUCUUCUGUCAUAGGGUUGUUUCUAUUUUCAUCAACUGCAAAAUGGUUUGGACAUGAUCCUAGGCCGAGUCAAGUCGCAUACAAAAUAGCAGAUAACUAUGAACAUAGUUGGAAAACAACUGAAAUCUAUCAUUGUGGGACAUGGAAGAAGCUUCCUCUACUUGGAUUUGGACAUUGAGUAUGAUUUGGUGGUAAAAUAUAAAGAAUUUAUAUUUCCCAUGGAUAGGGAUUGUAACCUUUCAGACAAAUGAAUGAUUUUUCCUUUUAAUUAAUUUGUUAUUUUCUCAUCUAAA